GUUGUGACGUUCAGCCGGUGAGUGUGGCAACCUGUGUGGUAGCUUACAUGGUUGGGUGUUUACAGACUGACAAUGAAAACAUGGAGAUGAGACACCUGUAAUAUAUGAAACCCGGAGUCGUAAUAGAACCAUGAAACUCGUCACUGUGGCCUUUUACGCUUUGGCUCUGGGACUUCUGGCGGUUGGCCUGCGAGAGUUGCUGACUGGCUUCGAGGAGAACAGAUGCAGUAUGACCUAUAUGUUUGAAUACCCAGAGUACCGGCGUGUGGCUCUGCCUCGUCGUGUCGCCAGAUUGUACCCAGCGUACGGGCUCUACCUAUAUGGAGAGGGUCUGUACGCCCAGGAGACCAGAGCACUCAAACUCACCGGUGCCCCUGUGCUCUUCCUGCCUGGAAAUGCAGGCAGUUACAAACAAGCUCGCUCUCUGGGCUCUGUAGCCUUGAGGAAGGCUGAGAACAUGGAUGGGGGGCUCCACUUCAAUGUGUUCACUGUGGACUUCAAUGAGGAGCUGGUGGCCCUUUAUGGUGGCAGUUUGCUCAGACAAACUCACUUCCUGCAUGAGAGCAUUAAGGCCAUCCUGAGGCUCUACAAGCACCUGAAGACGCCCCCGCAGAGCAUGGUGCUUGUUGGUCAUUCCAUGGGAGGAGUGGUGGCCCGGGCGCUGUUCACUUUGCCCCGCUUUAACACCAAUCUGGUCAGCCUCAUCAUCACCCAGGCCUCACCCCACCUAGCUCCAGUGCUUGCCUUGGACCCGUACCUGCUGGAUUUCUACUCUGCAGUGAGACAGAAGUGGGUGAACCACGCGAAAAAGCUCAGGAAUGUCACAGUUCUGUCUGUUGGGGGUGGUUACCGCGACUACCAGGUCCGCUCCGGCCUGACAUCCCUACCUUGUCCGCCUGGAGACCCCAAUAAGUUGUCACUGGUGGCAACCGCAGUACCCAGGACAUGGGUGUCCACUGACCAUCUGUCCAUCGUUUGGUGCAAAGAGCUUGUUCUUGCUACUGUCAGGGCAUUCUUCGACCUCAUCGACCCUGAAACCAGACAGUUCACAGUAAACCCAGAGAAGAAAAUGGCCGUACUUAACCAUCAUUUCAUCAGACAUCCUGUCAGGAUGGUGGGAGAGACUCAAGACACCUCAAUCUCCAUCUCAGAUUUUCCUGAAGCAUGGAGUGAAGUUAAUACACUGCGUCUAGCUUACAGCACACCAAAGGAAGGACAGGUUAAAUACUUUAUGUUUGCCCUGUCGAGUCGCAGGAAAGCCUACAGCCAUUUCUACUGCAGGAGCAACAACCUGGAGAUGACUAGCUGGGUGUAUGGCUGCGUGCACAAGAACAGUUCUUCAUGUGUGCAUGCAGUGGAUCUGUCCAUGGGAACUGAGCUUCUGCCACCCUACAAGGUUCUAAUUCUCAGUCUCAGUGACUUGUCAUCAGUUACUCAUCUGGUUGUUUCUGCCUCCAACCUCAAUGGCAAACAGUUCACGGUGGAGUGCGAGUGGCAGAGACAAGAAUCUCAGACUGUGUCUCUCCCAGCACCACAUGUUCUGUCCUUCGGUUUGACUGUCAGCGAUGUUUCAGUCAACUCCUCUGGACUUCUUCACACCAUCAGGCUGCAACACUUUCACCAGGUCUAUCAGGCUUUCAGAAUCACUGUUGCAAGCCAGUGCAAAGUACAUAAAGAUAGGCUGCCCAAUGUGUACAGACUAAAUGUACCGUGGUUUCGAGAGGAUUCUUUAACCACAGUCAGUGUGCCAUCAGUGACUGAGAUCUCAGGGAUGCUUCACACAAGUCGCCCAGACAACACCUCAGAUGUCCUCCUUCAGCUCCACACUGCCCCCAACUGCCAAUAUAAGGUGUCAUUAAGGACUUCAUUACACAAGGUGCUGGGACAGAUUUUGAGGUUCUGUGGCGCCAUGGUGCCAGUGUACACAGCUGUAACCCUCCUCCUGGCCUGUGGGGGGCAGCUGUCCUCCAUCCUGGCAUCUGGGCGAACCACAGACAUGAGCCAGGUUGUGGGCAGAGGCCUGCAGCCUCAUAAAGUCAAUCUGCCUGUUUAUAUUCUGCACAUCUUACUUAGCUGUAGCUGCUUUCAAGAGGUCUGGUCAAUUCUUUACCUCCCCCCUAUGGAUACCCUCCCCCCAACUAUCCCUGAUGAGGGUGUGGUACCUGCUGAAGAAUGGCCCCACCUCCUGUCCCCUCUACACUACAUCUUUGGGGCAGCUGUGGCUUACUGGGGCAGCACACUGCUCCGUCUCCUAAUGAGAGUGAUCUCACUAAUAUUAGCUCCUCUACACAGACCAUCAGUCUCCAGAGACUGUGGUACCCUGCGACUGCGGACUCAGCUUCUCAUCACUGUGUGUCUGACUGUUAUGGGUGGGAUGUCCUGCGGGGCGUUGUCAAUCUCUGCUGCCUUUCUGCUCCACUUUUACAGGGUACUGAGGCUACAGAUGACAGAAAGAUCUUUGAGUCACAUGUUGAAUCUGGCACCCCGGCAGCACAAAGAAGCUGAGAACGGCACAGUCGAAGCUGAAUCCUUGAGCAAGUCUAAAGAAUGCAAUGGCGCCACCCUGUUGUCUGAGUGUGUUCUGCAGGAGGUGAGAGAUGACUUACAGCUCCACCUCUGCCUAUCAGCGCUCUUCACUCUACCCCUCAUGCUCAUCGCACCCUCUCUCAUCCACUGGAUCCGCAACCUGAGGUAUUCCACCCAGUUGGACCCAGACCCUUGUUGGCCACUCAUUGUGCCUCUUAUUACUGUGUACAUGCUGCUUAUUAACUGCAACACUUUAAAACUCAGCAACAGUAAAUUUCUGCCUCUGGUAUCCUGCCUUCCUCUCCCCUUGUCCAUCGCCAUGGUGACCUUCUCUCCACUCCACCUCUACAGAGUCACCUAUUUCCUGUUGGCAGCACUCGUCCCUCUGGCCUUGUGCUGUCUGCUCUGACGGUAUCUGUAUGGUUUUUGUCCACAUCUCUACCAUAACAAGCCUUUCCCUAAGCCUGACUUGCUGAAGCUGCUUGAGACUGAUUUGGUCCAGGAAGACGUGCUCUAUCUGGCUGCCGUGGAGCAGAGCCAUAGACAUACAUAGCUUGGGGGAACUGUCUGCUCAAUGUUAGCGCUAAAAGCUCCAUGGCAAUUACACUAUGUUUUAAAAUGAGAGGCUGUAAUGGCCUUGGAACAUUUAGUGCGAAUAUGGCUCCAAAGGAUUGACCUGAAACCAAGUUUGCCUUACUCUGUAUAUCUAUAGCUCUGCCUUCAAGGAGCAACAACUCCACAACCAGUGAAGCUACUGAUACUUGAGACUCUCAACAGGGUGUUACUGUUAAAAUGUGUAAUUUCUGGUGUCUACAGUGGCAUUGUUCACUGCAGUCACUACGCUGUAAACUACUUCACUGCCUACUGCUUAGCAAUGACUUAUAGCUGUGUGUUAUCUUAACCUAUUGACUGUCGUAGCACCACCACAGGUUUUUCCAUAAGAAAAAUCCAAAGUAAUCAUGUUUACAUUGUCCCAUAUACACCUUUUGAUACAGAUAGCAGCAAAAUGAAGGUUUGCACUGGAAAAGGCUUCAGUGCCUGUGCAGGUUCUAAUCAGUCUGUCAUUUUUCUGAAGAAGAACAUUAUGAUUGACUCCAUCUUCUGUAAAAUACAGUGGUGUAGCCCAACAGCUUUUAUAGAUGUGGCCAGUCUGUGAGCUAUAUUUGUUCUGGGUUGGCACAUAAAUUCUGUGUCUCGUUUUGUCUUCUUUCUGCGUGACAGUUCACCUUCAUGUCAUUCACUCUUUAAUUCCCUCACUUAGGCAACACUGACUGUUAAAUAAGGAGCAGGCUAGCAGCUUAUCCUAAAAUAAGCACCUAAUAGUCUUCUGGACAGAAAUAAAAGUGAUUUAUUUUCCUACUUGAAAGAAGUGUGUCAAGAACUCAAAGAGAAGCUACUUGGACUUUCAAAAUAAUCUAAAGUCAAUAUGUGGGCGUUGUGCAUGUGCAAAAACCUUUUCUCUCCACUUAAUGAAACUAGUCCAACCCAGCACUCCAUGUUCAGUCAUUCUCUUUAUAAAUUCAGGAUAAUGUUUAUUAUCACAGCAUUGCUUCCAUUGGUACAGUUACACACUUCCUCUUUAACAAAAACACUAUUCUCACUCACCCCCUACUUUGCUUUUGCUGUGUAAAAUGAAAUGUCAAUGAAACAAAAAACUUCCUGCACAGAUGUUUCAAUUAAAAGCUAGUAGGCUUUUUAUGUGAAAUAUCAGUGCAGGAAGUCUUUAGUUUCACUGACUGUAGCUUAACUAGAUAAAGAAAACCGCAAAGCAAAGGCAAAUUUAUUUGCGAAUGAUUUUAAAAAAGCAGUGUGGUAGCACUGAUGGAAUAAAUGCAAUUGAAAUGUACAUUAUGCUGAUCUGACCGUGUGAGUGCAGCUACAAACUGUCUCCAGUGGUGCUGUGUGGCGGUGCAGCAAUGGUUCAGUACCAAAAUAAAAGUGACCCAUAACAGUA